AUGACUUGGUCUUGUGAAAUCAACAAAGACACUCACCUAUACACUCUGAUCAUUCGCCCCAGUGCUACUUAUGAGGUCAAAAUCAAUAACAAGCAAGUAGCCACUAGGGAUCUGGAGAAUGACUGGGACUUCCUGCCUCCCAGGAAGAUAAAGGACCCCUGGGCCCAAAAACCAAGGAAAUGGGAUGAACACCUGCCAGUAGAAGAUCCUGAAGAUAGUAAACCUGAGGACUGGGCGGACUUUGAAUACGUCCCAGACCCAGAUGCCAAGAAGCCAGAUGACUGGAAUGAGGCGAUGGAUGGGGUGUGAGAAGGGUCCCUGAUACCAAACCUGAAGUAUAAGGGACAAUGGAAACCUCGGAUCAUUGAUAAUCCCAAUUACCAGGGGGAGUGGAUUCACCCAGAAAUAGACAACCCUACAUAUAAGCCCGACCCCACCGUUUGUCACUAUUAUAACAUCGGUGUUCUCGGCCUGGACCUUUGGCAGGUGAAAUCAGGCAGCAUCUUUGAUAAUUUCCUUCUUACAAAUGAUGAAGAGUUUGCUGAAGAGGUUGGAAAUAAGGCCUGGGGAAUAAGAAAAGAUGUAGAGAAGCAAUGGAGAGAACUGUAUGAAGAGACGGAAAAAAGAGAACAGAAAGAAGAAGCCAAGAAGAAAAGGGAAAAGGAGGAGGAAAGGGAAGAUGAUUUCUGGAGAAUUGAAGAAGAGGGAAGUGAAGAGGAUUUUGCUGAGGAACCAGGAAAUGACAGGCAGACGAAGGAAGAUGAUGCUGAAAGAGUGUUUCUGGGUAAAAAUGAAGAAGUCCUUAUUGACCAGAAGGAUGUACUGUAACUGCAAAAAAAUGGUUACAUUCAGAGGCAAAUGAUUUUGCUUAGAAGGAGAAAUGUUCAUGAGGUUGGCAAACUCUGGGGAGCAAAAUUACUUGCCCUUUUUGAAUGAAAUUUGGAUUUGUAUUUCUACCCCACCACCUCCUUUGCUCUGUCCAGCCUUAGGAAGGUCACAUAACCUCUUGCGGCUUUUAUUUCCUUGUCAAGGGAAAAGGAGUGAUAAUUCCUAUUUCAUGAGGUUGUUGUAGGGAUUAAAUGAGCUCUGUGUAUAAUGUACCUCCUAUAAAUAUACGAUCAACAAGUAGUAGCCAUUGCUACUAUCAUUAUCAUGAUGUUUAUGAAAUUAAUUGUUGGUAACUAAGCUUCUGUAUAAACUUGAUCCUCACUUUCAAUUUAUCCCUUACAUCCAAGAAUUUCAUUUUGUUUAAAUAUCUGUACUUCCUAGUACUUACCGAGCAGUUCUGAGGGUUGUACUUGUGGUUGAUGAUGUUUUCUUCUUG